AUGAGAAUCUCCAACUGGCUCCAGUACACAACCGCUAUAGGCGCAGCUAGUGCCUUCGAGUGCAGUCCGUCCGCAUUUAUUGAGGUCUUGCCCUCGAAUGCUACUGUUACCUUUGCGUACCCCCUGUCCGACAACUCUACCUUCCAGGUACCGGCUGGCAACCUCCCGUAUCGGGUCUCGCCUACAGGGUUGCGUGCGCUUUGUGCCGUCGAAAUCAGACAGCCAUCAAGUGGAAACUCAUCGUACAGUUUCGGGUUGUUCCUGCCCGCGGAAUGGAACGGUAGAUUUCUGGCCGUUGGUAACGGAGGCUUUGGCGGAGGCAUCAACUGGGCCGAUAUGGGCGUGGGAGUAGGCUACGGCUUUGCCACAAUAUCGACAGACACCGGCCACAACAGUUCGGCAUUGGACGCCAGCUGGGCUUACAAUGCCCCCGAAAAGGUGGAGGACUGGGGCUACCGUGCGUUGCACGGGUCGAUUGUGCUCGCCAAGGAGGUCGUUUCCGCCUACUACGGCAAGGACUCCGCGUACAGCUACUACAGUGGCUGCUCAACCGGAGGCCGACAAGGUUUCAAAGAAGCUCAAGAGUUCCCCGAUGAUUUUGAUGGUAUCGUAGCUGGCGCGCCUGCCUGGUGGACCACCCAUCUGCAGCUGUGGAACAUGAAAGUCGGAAUUGACAAUCUACCACAAGAUGCGCCGCACCAUAUCCCACGGGAGCUAUUCCCAGUAAUAGCGGACGAAGUGUUGAAACAGUGUGAUCCCCAAGAUGGCGUGGUCGACACCGUUAUUUCGGAUCCGACUCGCUGCAACUUCAACCCAGAAGCGUUGCUCUGCCCAGCGAAUGUAACGAACGGCACCGCUGGCAGCUGCCUGACGGUUCCCCAAAUCGGCACGCUGUAUCGUCUCCACAACCCCUGGUACGAAGCAAACCAGACGCUGAUCUUUCCGCCCUUCGAACUCGGGAGCGAAGCCGAGUGGGACUUACUUGUGGGCGGUCCCGAGCCGGCUACCCUUGGCACGGACUAUGUGAAAUACAUGCUAGGCGAGGGCCCCGAAUGGCGAUGGCAAGACUUCAACGCAAGCGUCAUAGCCCUCUCUGACCGCAUCAACCCGGGUAACGCCACUGCGGACAACUUCGACCUCUCCCCGUUCUACGAGAAGGGCGGGAAGCUGCUACAUUAUCAUGGGUUGUCUGACGGCUCUAUCGCCACGGGAGCCAGCCUGUACCUCUACAACCAGAUACUGAAGACGUUGGAGCCCAAUGGAAUCGAGCUGGAUCCCUGGUAUCGCAUGUUCCUAGUCCCAGGCCUGCAGCACUGCGUCGGUACCCCGUCCAACAUGAACGCACCGUGGUACUUCGCAGGCCCGAACCAGGCAAGGCGGCUGGGCACUAGCGCUUACAGCGUGCCCGGCUUCUCCGACGCUCAGCACGACGUCCUGCUCGCGAUGAUGGCGUGGGUUGAAAACGGAACUGCGCCGGAUCAGAUCAUAGCGACCAAGUGGGAGAACGACACCCUGCAUGAUACCGUGGAGAGACAGCGGCCGAUAUGUGCGUAUCCUAAGCAGGCGAUGUAUAGUGGAGAAGGGGAUGAGGACGAGGCAGAGAAUUGGCGGUGUGAGAGUCUGUACUGA